AUGGCCUCGCAAGCCGCGCCCAAGACCUGCAAGGUCAUCACGGCGGAAACCAUGGCCAAGCGUCUCCUGGCCGAGGUCAAGGAGACGCUGGCCAAGGUCCAGGGCCCCGACGGUUCGCAGCCCACGCUCGCCGCCUUCCUGGCCAACGAAGACCCGGCCGCCGUCAAGUACGCGGAAUGGUCCAAAAAGACAUGCGAGGACAACGGCUUCACGUUCGACCUGCGCAGUGUCGACAAGGAAAUGCUCGAAGAGGAAAUCAUGAAGGCCAACGACGAUGACGAGGUGGACGGUAUCAUCGUGUACUACCCCAUCUUCCCGCAGAACCCCAGCCACGACAAGUACGUCCAGGAGACGGUCGACCUCUCCAAGGACGUCGAGGGCAUGAGCCACAAACACCUGCACAACAUGUACCACAACGUCCGGUUCCUGGAUCCCCCCGAGAACAAGAAAAAGUCGAUCCUCCCUUGCACCCCCCUGGCGGUGGUCAAGAUACUAGAGCACCUGCAAAUCUACAACGCCAUCCUGGCCCCGGGCAACCGCCUGUUCGGCAAGACCAUGACCGUCAUCAACCGCUCCGAGGUCAACGGACGCCCGCUCGCCGCUCUCUUGGCCAACGACGGCGCCACCGUCUACUCGGUGGACAUUACCGGCGUCCAGCUCUUCACCAGAGGCCAGGGCAUCAAGCACCCCCGCCACCAGGUCCAAGACAGGGAGGGCUGGGGCCUCAAGGACUGCCUGCCCCUGAGCGACGUGGUCAUUGGCGGCGUGCCCGUCGAAUCUUUCAAGGUCCCCACCGAGCUCAUCCGGGAGGGCGCAGUGUGCAUCAACUUUUCCUCCUACAAGAACUUUGACGGCCCUGCUGUCAAGGAAAAGGCUUCCAUCUACGUCCCGUCGGUGGGCAAGGUCACCAUUGCCGUUUUGCUGCGCAAUCUAGUGCGCUUGAUUGCCAACCACCCCUCCAAGGGGGACGUGGACAAGGGCAUUGUCCAGGCCAAGAGCGAGGCGUUUGCUGAUGGUUGA